AUGCCUUGGUUCCUUGGUAGGGAAUUCGGCCUCUUCGCCAUGACCGCAAACAUCGUGGCGCCGAGGUCCACAUCCGGGAUUUACAUGCAUACAGAUCAGAUGGACAUGACACCCAAUACGACCAAUCACCCUUACCUUUUGACGACGUUCUGGUAUCUGACCGACGUCACCGAUGAGAAGGGCGCCACCCGCAUUUACCCUGGGUCACACAUCAAGAACGUGGCCCCGAGCACAUACGCGACAUCCUUUGUUUUCAAAGACGCCCCGAAAGAAUGA